CAGGAAAUAUUAGUUUGGACUGUUUACUUACAGUGAGGACUGUACACAAUACACAUUGCUAGCUUUUGUGUUACUGAAGUAUACUUGGGCUUUGACAAAAGAUGAUCACAAAAGCCUUGAUCUUCAUCGCUACAGUCUCUGUGCACGUUGCUGGGUCGACAUUGGAGGCAACGGAUGGACAAGAUAUUGCCAUACCCUUCGGAACUGUUAAACUGGAGAGAGUCGAAGAAGUGAAAGUAAUUUUUGCGGGAGAAGACCAGAAAAAAUCUUUAAUUGCCAUAUACUGUUCCCAUGUUUACGUUGUUCCCAGCUGUACACCUGUGAAAACGCAUGGAGUCUCUCUGCAAGUUGAAGAAAGAAAUGUGUCCUUGAUUCUUCAACAUGUCAACAUCUCCAGAUCAGGGCAUUAUAAAGCACAAGCCUUCUGUGGAAAGGACGUGGAUGAGGCCACUGCCACACUUGUGGUCAACAAAGCAUCAUUUCCUUCCAGUAGAGCACCAACACACACCUCCACCUUGAAACCUCCAGACUCCUCUGAACAUCAAGGGUUAUUAACAGCUGCAGUCAUUGUCAUCAUCAUCAUCAUCAUCAUCAUCACCUUGGUGUUUUGCUUCUUCUGUAAAUGGAGGAGGAUACUGUGUUUUAAAAAAAGAGACUUGGAAAGCAAUAGCAGUGAUUGUUUAGCAGUCUCCAUGAACGGUUGAGGAGAAAACGCUGAAGCUCUGCUCACAGAUAUCUGAGUGUUUUAAAACACUAAAUUAUGUUACAAAUGCAUUCAAUCUGUCAGUCCAAAUUUGAGUUUUGUGCAUAUCUGAUAUUAGAAUCCAUAGUAAGUGUGAGUGGCAAAAAAAAUCACAAAAAUCCAUUUCAAGCAACUUUAUUGUGGUUUAAAAUCCUAUUCCAGUUCUCAUCUCUAGAAAUCCAUUUGUCUGACCGCUCUGAUUGUAUUUCAUUAAUCUUUUUGCCCUAAAUAUCACUUUCGCCAUGUAAAUUUUAAACAUCUAAUGUCUUUGUCAGGACAACAUCAGUGAUGAAAACUCUGGUGUUGAUUUUUAGCCACUUACACCAAUGCAGGUAUUCCAGAAAAUGAAAGACAAUCAUUAGAUCAAUGUUCUCAGAACUGGUGCUUCAAUAUAGGGCUGCACAAUAUCGUUUUAGCAUUGAUAUCGUGAUGUGCACAUCCACGAUAAUCACAUCGCAGAAUGUACGAUCUGUGAUCCAUACCGACCAGCUGCUCCCAGGAUUGAAAUGUGAUUCGCGGAUUAAUUGCACGUGUUUUUAAGUCCGAGUCAGGCAUUGAGCACAAGAACAACACUGGAAUUGCGUGCUGUUUUAAAUUAGUUAUAGUAGUUAUAUUAGUUAUAUUUCAUUUAUACAGUUAUACAUUUGAUUAUUCAAUUUCUGUAUCUGAGUACUGUUAGAUUUACCUGAAAUAUAAAGCACUGCUUAUUUCAUUUGUAUCUUUCUUCUAUUGUAUUUAUCUAUGCUUGUAAUUUAUUAUUUUCUAUGCAGAUUCACUCCACCUACAAAAUCAUCCUAGAAUUAUUAUUUAUGAACAGAGCUAUUCAAAUCAUCUGGUGAAAUAGUUUCAUAUUGCAAUUUAUAUUGCAGAAAAACAAAAUAUCACAAUGUACAUUUUUUUUUUCCAAUAUCGUGCAGCCUUUCUUCAAUACCUAGUCAAUCACGUAAGCUUUUGAAAUGUAAGCUUUAAUCUAUGCAAACCAAACGGUCACUUUACGUUAAUGUUUUGGGUUCUGUGUUCACUAAUAAAGAUUUAACUGUAGAUACAGCUGUCACACACUCACCUCUGACCUGUUUCCAUCGCCUCUCAUACCAGGAUAUUUCCUCUUGAAUGAUCCAAAGUAGUAAAUUUAAAAGAAGAAGAAGUAAUUUUUACUGGGACAUGUUUCACUCUGCAACAUGUGAACUAAAAUGAUUUCAAGUUCAUUUAUUUAUUAGACAUGUGAUCUUGUAUUGUAGUGUGAUAAUGAGCAGUGAUGACAUAACGUGUGUUUAAUAUAUAGAUACAUUUCUAUGGAGGACCCAAUUACUUCAAAUAAAAUAAUUCAAUAAUUCAAUAAAACAACAACAACAAAAACACUGCACACUGUCUGUUGAUUGGCACUUGUGAAAUGUCCUCUAUUAUUAUGAAAAGAAUCUUUAGAAAUACAUGAUUUGUCAAGUGUCAUUUGUAAAUUCAGCAUAUUAUUAUGACAAAACAACUUUUUAAAAAAGCACAUUUAAUUAUGGGUGAAAGAAAUAUUUAAACAAUAAUAGUGUGUGAAAGAGGAUACUGUGAAAUAUAUUCAACAGUAAUAUUUAGCCUAAAUGUUUUCUUGUAAACACAAGAUGGCGAUAUAAUCUUUUAAACCACCACUAUCAUAUUGGGUGGGUGUGUCUCAGUCAGCUCCAUACAUAAUUCAGUAGUCAGGCCACAUUAAUUACAUGAUACUGAUUCACGACAUAAGGAGAUGAUACAGACUUCCCUCAAAACUUGAUGUGAAUGCUUAACUGUAAGGACAUCCUUUAGUGCACUCCAUUUGCAUCACACGAGCAAUGCAGAACUCCAAUACAGAUUCAGGGUCUGCAGUCACGUGUGUUUGUCCAUCAGUGUUCAGCUGUCUGUCUGCUGUCUGGAGGAUGAUGACUUCUGUUUGUUCCUCUGAGGAAAUGGAUCAUCAGUCUCUGGAUGUUCCUCUCUCUGUAGAGGAGACCCGAUCAGAACCGGCCCAGAGUUCAGUGCGGCCAUGUUCAUUCACAGGAGGAUGAGUGUGAGCGAUGAAGAUGAAGAGCAGCAGGUUUAAGAGUCGAGACACAGAAGAAUGAAUUUAUUUUUAUAGACUUUGUAUUAAA